UGGCUUCGCGGAUGCCGCAGAUGCCCUGGGUGGGAGGGGAAGGGGAGGGCACAAGAGCCACCCCUUCCUCUACCCCGCCUUCCACUUCAGCUCGCACAACGUGCUUAGCAUCAGACAAGGGUGAAUGGUGUGGUCACUUAUCCUCCAGCUGCCCGCAGCAAAGACAGCUCUGAGUUUCUCGGAGCCUGAAGCCUGAUUCUGGGGUGAAAGGCCACAUUGUUUCCCUCGCCUACCCAGAGAGGGCGUGAUUUGCGGUUCUCUAGGAGCAGGCAAGGAGGAUCUUGUGGUGAAACAAGCUGUUAACCACAGGACCCCAAUAAGAUGUCUCCUCCUCUGCAGAGCCUCACUUCCUGUCUUUCACUCUGCUCCAAAUUCUGGUACCUAGAACGGGCAGCCUUGGGAAAGCACAACAUUGAGCAAGGCAACUGACCUACCCCUGCUUAUUUAGAACACAGCCUGGGCCUUGUGACACCUUUCUGAUGCUCUGAAAGCCUGGGGGAAUCCCAAGAUGCAUUCCACAGCUUGAGAACAGGGCAGAUGUGCAGGACUAUCCAACACCAUGGCCACACCCCUAAGCUUACUGCAGGCAUGCUGUGUGCUUUGCUGGCUAGUCCUGCUUCAAGUGUGACACCGACUUCAACUCACUUUGCCUCACUGAUCCUCUGUUGUCCUCUAGCAAUGUCCCUUUCUUGACUACUCCAGGGCAAUGAUUCUCAGCAAAGGCCAUGCUCAAAUAUCUGCAUAAAUGAAGUUUCUAGGUUCCACCCCAAACACACUGAAUUCCAAUGUCUGGGCAUCCUGAAAAUUUCUCCCUAAGGCAGUGAGGAGGAUGUAUACUUAGGUUUGAGAGCCACAGGACCAGGGUCUCUCUUGCUUAGCUCUUUAUUCUCCCUAUGCCGAGUUCCUUCCCUAUGUCUACAUUGAGCAUGCCCUGAGCCCCUGGAACUACAAUCAUGACUGUCUGUUUUGUUUUGAAGUUACUACAUUAUAGAUGAGUCAUUUUUUUCCAUUUUAUACAUGAAAUUUCAGGAUCUGUGCACUCCUCAUUUUGGACUUGAAGAGCUCAAAGAGAGCAGGUUCUAAGCUAAAUUCAGGCUUAAUUGGUUUAAAACCCAUACUCUACCAUAUACUUGCUGUGUGGCUUUAGGCGAGCAGGCCAAAACCUCUAAGCCUGUUUCCUCCUUUGAGAGUAGAAAUAAAUAAGAGUAUCAUCAAGGAUUCUAUGAGGAUUUUACUUUUUUCUUUUCUUUUUCCUUUCUUUCUUUCUUUCUUUCUUUCUUUCUUUCUUUUUUUAAAGAUGGAAUCUCAUUAUGCUACCAGACUGGCCUUAGACUCAGUCUCCUGAGUGCCAUGAUUACAGGGGUGAGCCUACCACACCUGCCUUGAUUUUUACUUUCAUGUAAAAUACUAGAUGUGUUGACUAUAUAUUAGCUAAGUACUUAAUGUGGUGCUUUGGCACACAAGAAUUUAACACUCCAUUCUUAUUAUUAUUGACCCUGCUUUCUCAUAAGUAAGACUUUGGCCUUUACAGCCAAAAGAGGCAAACUGGUUUACUCACUGAAGCCUUGGAUUUAAUGGAGAGUACAAGAGGCCUGAACUGGGACUUGAUGGUGCACACCUAUAGUCCCAGCACUAAGGAAACUGAGGAAGAAGGAUCAACAUUUUAGUUUUUGAGGCCAGCUUGUACUUCGUGUGGAGUUCAAGCCCAGCCUAGACUGCUUAGCAAGUCCCUAUCUCAGCAAAACAAAACAAAAAAUAAAAUAAAUUUAGGUUAGGUCUCAUCAGCAAUGACCCCUGAGGACUCAAUGUCUACUACCUACACACAUUAAGUUUCCACCCAGGAAGAAGUAGCUCUUGGCACCUUGGUUGGUAACCCUGUACUCCCAUAGGUACAUUUUGAGCUGCUCAAGAAGGCUUGCAGUCUCUCCUGAGCUCAGUGCUAUCUUCUUCAGUGCCUUCCACACUACCCUGUCCUCCUGGCAGUCAUACCUACCCAGAUAGUCAUUCUUUUACAGCUCUGGGGCAUCCUACUCUCCUGGAAUGUGAAUGAGAUGGAGUAGGAAAGCAAAAAGCUAGGCGCCCCCUUUACUUAAUCUACCUGCACCCUGUGACAUAGGCAUUCAGGCUAUGGCUAAACCUGAGAUUCAGCUUGGGCCAGAGUAAUAACAAGGUGUGUUUUAGCAAGGACUUAUCCUUAUAAUCUUCAAAGGCCUUUUCAUUUCUUUGAAACAAACAAAAACGUUUUGGAGACAGGAUCCUGUUAUGAAGCGCAAACUUGUCACAAACUCUCAGUCACCUUGCCUUAGCCUUUCAAAUGCUGGGACUUAUUACAGGUAUGUGCCACUGUUCCUGCAUGAAAUUCUUCUAUUUUAUAAAGAAUUUCAUAAACAGCACUUCAGGCUAUAACCCACACAUAUGUGCAUACUCCCUGAGACCAGGCUGCCACCUCUUUAGCUCUGGCUUCCAUGACUCUUGCCUAUAGAUUUACUUUCUGCCACUCUUUUUCAAGCUACUUCUCUUGACUACACCAAGAGUCCGAGUUAGAUUAUAUCUGAAAUUAUUGCCUCCAGUUGUGCCCUGUGAAGUUCUGUCCACAGUCUAAAGGAGCAAUCCUACUAGCAUGCCAUCUAGCUAGCACUUAAUGUUCUAGCACUUAAAUGUUCUUGGAGCUACUGGCUCCUCCUCUAGCCUCUGACCCCAAGUCAGACAUCCUGCCCCCAAGCUCUUUUCUAGAAAGAGAGGUUCUUAUCUCCUACAAAGGGCCUUUUCCUUUAGGAGGACUCUAAACUACUUAAGUAGCUUCAUUGUGGAGAAGAAGGGAACUUCAGUAGCAUAGUGCCAAGAGGAGAGAAUCACAUUUCUUACUUGCUUAGGUAUCCCUGUUCAGUUCUUCUCUGGCUGCAACUCUAUCCUGUGUCCUUAAUUAAGCACAAGUUCUGGGCAUGUACCAUGUGUCUUUGGCCAGGGAAUUUAUCCUAACCCUCAUCCCAUCUGUCCCUAUUUGCUGUGCAAAGGUUUAGCUUGAACACUUAACAUCUUUUCUUAUGAGAAAACUUUAGUAUGAUUUUCUUUAGGGUGUGCUGAAGGGUUGACCUGCAGUAUACUGGAAAUAUCUGGUGCUGUCUUCUGGAGCCCCUUCCCUCUCACCUUCCUGGGAGCAGCUCUGACAUCUGGGUUGGAGAAGUCUUACAGGGGAUCCUAUAUUAGGGGAGCCCACCAGGCAGAAAUUUCAGAAUAGGCUCUUUCUAGCUAAAUGAGAAAAGGCAAUACCCAGGGUCCUAGUUUGCUGGGAAACUAAUUCCUUACAGUUUUGGAUUUGUUUGUGUGUUUGUUUGUUCAUUUGUUUUUUGAGACAUGGCUUUUCUGUGUAUCCCUGGCUACCCUGGAACUCACUUUGUAGACCAGGCAAGCCUGGAACUCUGCCUCCCAAGUGCUGGGAUUAAAGGCAAGUGCCACCAACCAUUGCCUGGCUUCCUCCCUCUUUGCCUCCCCUUCUUGUUUGAUUACCUCUACUACCAACAAUGAAAGUCUUUGGGAGACAGGAUAUUGGUUGGGGCUCAGAGUUUGGGCAUUUGCCUGGCAUUCCCAAGUCCCUGCUAGGGCCUUCAAUUACAGGGAGUGGGGUGGAGGAGCCCUUGGAACCUGAAACAGGCUGGUGCACUGGAUCUGCUUUCCCUGCUGAUGCUUACUUUCCCUCCGCCAGAUCCCCCGCUCUUUCUUUCAUUCACAAAUCCUAGGACACUGGAGGUGGGGUGGAAUAACAAAAGAUGAGUGGCUGGAGCAAGACACACACUUGCUCCUAAAUCAUUUUGCCUGGGGGUUCUCAGAUCAGAAAACAAAGAUGUCUGUUUCAAUGUUUUCUUCCUUCCUUCCAUUUUCCUACAUAGGGCUCUUUUCCUGUUUCUCUCUCAAAUAUCCAGAGGAGGCUGUGUCUUCAUGUGUAACCCACAGUGAAGUUUGCAAGCGUAUCUCAGACACCAUCCUUCAUAAUCUUUCAUCAAAAAAAAAAAGGUCUCUACUGAUCCCCAACUAGACACCAGGCGCUGUGUGUGCACACACCAUUUCUCAAUAGUUUUCACCCCAUCUCAACUCCUUCCUUACCAAAGGGUCAUCACAAUGACCUGGAAAGUCAUCUACCCUUUAAUUAAUUUUAACCUAAAAAUCAAAGCUUUCCUUCACUUCCCCAAUGUCAAUUAUCCCUUCUCAGUGAUUAACAAGGAUUCAUUUCAAAGCUGUUCUUCUGGUGCUGCCAAAACCCCAUUUUUUAAAAGGGUUAUCUCUACCCAUUACUUUAAGAAUAUGCCACCGGUUGUUAAAAAAAAAAAAAUCAAGCCAAACCAACCAAACAAAACACAAAGUCUCCUCACAUGGCUGAUGGGAUUUUUUUUUUUUUUUUAAAGAAGAAAUGGAUGUCCUGGUGUCUGGACUAACAAUCUCCUGUUUUCUGGCUAAUGAGAGACAAAUCAGGAAGUGGGUUGGAAAUGCACAUGUAAUGGCUGGGAAUUAGCAUGCAAAGAUCUGUAUACAAAGAAUCUCUUUUCUGGGCUGUAGAACUUUCUGAUAGGAACUGUUGUAAUUGCAUUUGAUUUAUAAAUUGUGUGUGUGUGUGUGUGUGUGUGUGUGUGUGUGUGUGUGUGUGUGUGUGCUCAAUAAAUCUAUGCAGAACAUCCAUUAUUUUAUCAGAGCAGAAAAAUAAUCACAUUUUCACAUGGUUUGUGGCACCUCCGGAGGGCCAUUGAAGGUUGCUGGGGCCCAGUUUUCUUUUUAUUUGUGCCUCUUCCUGGGAGCUGGGGGACAUUUCCUCCAUUUACCCCACUCCUGUCUCUCUUAUCUCCCACGAGCAGAGGUGGCCACAUUCUCCUGUGGAGUGCCCAGCCCCUUUCCUGGAUUGCUCAGUAGGAUAGAGAGAUAGUCUUACAUUUCUUUCUUUCUCAAUCUUUCCCUGUGAUGGGGGCAGCAGUGGGGAGGAGCCACUGAAGAGCUCACUAAGAUGUGGGCCUUCAGGGACCCUUGAGCCUUGUACUGAGUAAUUUGGGCACACAGUGGGGUUGUGCACAUCUGACUUCCUGGGCUCAGGUUCUUUAAGGGCCUCCUGUGCUUCCUCACACCCUGGCCCCUUCACACCAGGGCUGUUUUAUUGUUUUAUAACCUUCUUUAGAGCCUAACUUGCCAGAGUCCGAUGGGGGCUAUUCUGGGCUUUCUCACUUCACCAAACCUAAGUCUUGCUGUUUUAAGCAGUUUGGUCACUUGCAAAGACUUCUCUUUCAGAUCUAAGCAAAUUAUAAAAACCUCUAGGCAUGUGGCUAUCUUCAGCUUUCACCAAGCCCCAUCAACAAUACAGAGAAAAACUAAGUGUUAAUCCCAACUGCCUCUCCCCCCGCCAAGGCCACCCAGCCUCUCCCUAGCCACUUUCUCUACUGAAACUUGAGCAAAAUUUCAAAUAAUUUCCAACUUUUGUGAUAAGCAAGUAAGGAGUAGCUUUUGGCUUUCCUAUUUACCACAUCUAAUGCUAGAAAAUGAUUGGAAUAAAGGAGUUGAUGGUACUCACAGCGAAUGCAGCCAAAGAAUCAUAAGGCAUGCCCACCAACCAGCUUUUUCCAAAUAGCACUAUCCCCCAAUUUAAACGGCCUUCUCUGAAAAGAUGCAAGUUGAAAAGCCUGGGGUAUUGAUAUGACUAUGACCUCUCUUGCAUUCUGGAUAUUUGGGACUAUUUAAAUCCCAGGGAACAGUUGCAGUGAACCUUUAUUUAGUGAAUAAAAGUUUAAAGCCAAAGGUUAUUUAUGGUUCUGCGGAGAGGGGACCUGAGUGGCUAUUUACGAGCACGUGAUUCCAAUAAACUUUGUUUUUUGGCUUGUGAGUUGACAAGCCAAAAUAUAAUUCCCACCAUAAAUUAGGUUAAGAGCAUACAAGUGCAGAUGCUUCGUUCCUGGAGCAGCGAUAGGGAAGUGAGAGACUCCAGCCAGCACCAGGCUCAGAAGGAGACAGCUCUACCCUCAGCUACCCUACACACUAGAAAAGAAAAACAGUUCCGGAGCACAAGGAGGAACCAGAGAAAGCCACUCUAAAAACAAACAUGCAACCCUUGGUGGCCUUGGUUGUGUUGAAUUGGCCUGAUUCCAGGAAGGGCUGCAGGUUAUGAGCUUAUGUGGACAUUCCUCUCCUGUCUAUUUCCGGUUCCCAGUUCCACCUGGCGCCACGGUCUCAGCCCAGGGUGGCUCGGUGGCCGCAAACAGCGCCUGCUUCGGGGUCUGCAGCAUCAGCAGCAGCGGCAGGCAGCAGCGGAUCCGAGAAAGUCCAGCGGGGCUGAGGGCCCAGAAAGGAGAAUCCACUCUUCCUUGAAUUGUGCCCACUUUGGGGGCUGCUUCAGGCGAUGGUGAGUGAGGAGGGCAAAGGAGGUUAGCAAAGUCAGUGAAAGACAAAAGCUGAGAUUAUCUGCUGAGACUAGGGGUGCUGGGGAUAGAAUUGGAACUUUAUUAACAUCUGUCAGGGACUCUCAAAUGUGGCAUGGCAAGUCACUUGAUUACACGUAUGUUAUUUAGUUAAAUUUGCGAAAAUUAUGAGAUGCUCACAAACCCGGUGAUAAACUCGCUCCCUUCCUAUUGGCUGGCCUGGUCACAUGGCCGCCCAACUUUAUUCAGUUGACAGCAAGUAGGAGGGCCCAAUGGAAGGAGAAAAAAAGACAACACGAGAAAAAUUAGUAUUUUCUACCUUCUGAAAUUAAUGGCCAUGAGUUCGUAUAUGGUUGAACCCCAACUACACCGGUGGGGAGCCCAAGCGUUCCCGGACGGCCUACACCAGACAGCAAGUCCUAGAACUGGAAAAGGAAUUUCAUUUUAACAGGUAUCUGACCAGACGCCGUCGGAUUGAAAUCGCUCAUACCCUGUGUCUGUCUGAGCGCCAGAUCAAGAUCUGGUUCCAGAACCGGAGGAUGAAGUGGAAAAAAGACCACAAACUGCCCAACACCAAGGGCAGGUCUUCUUCUUCCUCAUCUUCCUGCUCUUCAGCUGCUUAUAGAAGUGGGGACCCUGGGCCCAUCCCUCCCUCCUUGCACUCCAGGUUGAGGCGAAGCUGCGGGUGCAGGCGGGGCCUGCUGUCACCUCACUGGGCUCUAAGGUACUGUGGGGGUGGACCUGGGACAAACAGACCGCCCUCGGACUAGGUUGCCAUCCUGCCCGAGGGCAGCCCCCUCCCUAAAGGGAUGGGGUGGGAGGGUGGACUUGCUUCUUUAAGUAUAUUAUCAUAUGGCAGGAGCUACUGAGAACAUAAAACCUUGGCGAGUCAUUAAACUCAUGAAAAUCUC